CAAACAACGAGAUGAGCCUGUCGGACAUAGAGAUCUAUGGCUUCGAUUAUGACUACACCUUGGUGUUUUAUUCAAAGCACCUCCACACACUGAUAUUUAAUGCCGCUCGGGACCUUCUCAUCAAUGAACACCGGGGAUGGCUGUAAUCUUCAUGACACAUUGGUAUCCUGUGGAAAUCAGGAAUUAUGACUACAACCCAAAUUUUGCGAUUCGUGGACUUCAUUAUGAUGUGCAGCGGGCAAUAUUGAUGAAGAUUGAUGCUUUUCAUUACAUCCAGCUGGGAACUGUCUACAGAGGCCUCAGUGUUGUCCCUGAUGAAGAAGUCAUCGAAAUGUAUGAGGGGUCCCACGUGCCUUUGGAACAGAUGAGCGACUUUUAUGGAAAGAGUUCCCAUGGAAACACCAUGAAGCAGUUCAUGGACAUCUUCUCCCUGCCCGAGAUGACCCUCCUGUCCUGUGUGAAUGAAUACUUUCUGAAGAACAACAUCGACUAUGAACCUGUCCACCUGUACAAAGAUGUCAAGGAUUCAAUUCGAGACGUGCACAUCAAAGGAAUCAUGUACAGAGCCAUCGAAGCGGAUAUUGAAAAGUAUAUCUGCUACUCCGAUCAGACCCGGGCAGUGUUGGCCAAACUGGCUGAUCAUGGCAAGAAGAUGUUUCUCAUCACCAAUAGCCCCAGUAGCUUUGUGGACAAAGGGAUGAGCUACAUCGUUGGAAAGGACUGGAGGGACCUGUUUGACGUGGUCAUCGUUCAGGCCGAGAAGCCAAACUUCUUUAAUGAUAAGCGGAGACCUUUCCGAAAGGUGAAUGAGAAAGGUGUCUUACUCUGGGAUAAAAUCCACAAGUUGCAGAAAGGCCAGAUUUACAAGCAGGGCAAUUUAUAUGAAUUUUUGAAGCUUACGGGAUGGAGAGGAUCCAAAGUAUUAUAUUUUGGUGACCAUAUAUACAGUGACCUGGCGGAUUUGACCCUGAAGCAUGGCUGGCGAACUGGUGCAAUUAUCCCAGAGUUAAGAUCUGAGCUCAAAAUCAUGAACACGGAGCAGUACAUUCAGACCAUGACGUGGCUGCAGACCCUGACCGGGUUGUUGGAGCAAAUGCAGGUUCACAGAGAUGCAGAGUCGCAGCUGGUUUUGCAGGAGUGGAAAAAGGAGAGGAAAGAGAUGAGAGAAAUGACCAAAAGUUUCUUCAACGCCCAGUUUGGAAGCUUGUUCCGCACCGACCAGAACCCGACCUACUUCCUGAGGCGCCUGUCACGGUUUGCUGAUAUCUACAUGGCGUCUCUGAGCUGCCUCCUGAACUACGAUGUCAGCCACACGUUCUACCCCAGGAGGACUCCACUGCAGCAUGAACUUCCCGCGUGGUCUGACGGGACCCCCACCUUCAGACUCCCCCUCCUGCAGGAGGCCCGGGCCAAGUAAUCUGGUGCCCACCUGUGGAAAAAGCCAGAAACAGCCAGGCUCUGGAUUGGGUGGACAUGCCGCGGGUGACUUUGUGUGGAUACGAGUGUUGCUUUCAGAAGAGAUACAAAUAUGCCCUUCGAUAUUUAUUUUGUACCUUAUGGAGAAGACUCCCCAGGUUGUUAAGACAGAAGCUAGCAGCCCACCAGCCUCGCCUUCCUGUACACGUCGGGCUUAACGGCAUGCUUCACAUGGAGACUCUGUGAUCCGCUUUCCUGUUGUUCGAGGUACUGCCACUAAUGUCCGUUUUUCAGGGACAGGUGAGACUUCUUGAUGCCAUCUCCGUAUUCCAGCAGGUGAAGCUUUGAAACCAUUCUCGCCUCCCUCCUGGAAGAUGUACUGAACAUUGACGGGGGACUGCGGGCCACAGUGACGUGCAGCGAAAAGCUGUCCGCAGAAAGCGGACGGUUUAGUGAGCUCUCCAGGAGCACAACUCGAUGUCAGUGAGUAGCAGAGAUGACCCCCAAACCGCGGCCAAUGCCCCUGCCAUUUGGUACUGGGGCUUUGGCGUUCUGGUACAUCACUCAAAGAAAAACAGCAUCUCCGGAAAGUCUUAAGUAAGAAAGAACAAGAGAAGGUGCGAGUCCUUGGCCUUGAUUGUCCUCAGGGUCCACUUCCUGGGUCCUGUCCCAUCUACGGAAGGACAGAUGGUGCCACAAGUGAUGGACGGGUUCACUCUCUUCCCCAGAGGAGGCGAGUCAGGAGAGAAGAGCGUCUGGUUAAGUUUUUAACUGGCAGAACAGACUUUGUAGAGUAAGACUGUGCGGCACAAGCAGGUCAGAAGAGCCAGCGUAUUGUGGCGGGUCCCCAGGAGUUCAUUACACCUCAAAAAUGCCACCCAAGCAUUGGUUUGAUGUGCUCAUUGGAGGACAGAAAAUGAAAAAGAAAAAAAAAAAAGUCCUUGCAAUGAAAUGCCAUGCCGUGACGCUCACAGGGCUGUGUCGGUAUCUUGUUCAAACAUAGGCGUUACCGGAAACCAUCCUUUUCUGGAGGGCGUCAGACCUGUGCAGCCUCGCCCAUGGGCUUGGCAUUCAUCAUGGGAGGAGAGAAGGGGCCCUCACCGCCUAGCCGCCUCUCACUCUCUCUUCUCCUUCGAUUUCUUUCCUGCCAUGUUUGUGUGGCUAUUUUGGGAGUCGGGGGGUGGUUUUCUUUAGGUGUCUGUGUUACAGGUGGGAGAGGAUAAAAAGGGCAUUGAAACUAAGAGAAAAAAGGGUUAGAAAUGACUUAGCUAGCUGAGCAUUUCUCGUUUCUUUCUAAGGAUAAUUCAGGUGACGUACAUUCUUAAACCUGAUGGAUGGGCAGUCACAGGAAGGGGGCUUGUGGAGGGUGCUUGCGAGGUCAGCAUUUUUAUUGUCAUAAAUGUGUCGGAACCAGUUACUGACAAAUGCUAGCUUGGCAUUCCAUACGUGUAUAGCAUGCUUUGUGAUGCCGCUUACUAUAAUGGGAUUUUCACUUGUGAUGUUUUCUUGUGUUUAACUGUAAUACUGAAGGUAACCCUUUAGACCCAAUAGACCUAGACAGACCCCUUUUUUACUUCUAAGUUUUAUUAUAGACACAGUAGUCCGUUCCUUUUUGGGAAUGGGGUAGGCCUUUUGUUUACUGUUUGUUAGCUCCCAGGUGUUUUACGUAUCAGAGUUUACUGGGGACUGGCAUUUAAGGGGUGCAGGUGGAUGGCCAGAACUGCUCAGUGUUGGGGUCCUCAAAGGACACACUGGUGCUUUUGGCUUAUAAUUCCUGCUUUGGGGUGUUUUGUUUACUCAAGAAUGAAAUAAAACAAUUUUUUUUUAAUUUAUUGGGGUGACAAUUGUUAGUAAAAUUACAUAGAAUUCAGGUGUACAACUCUGUAUUACAUCAUCUAUAAAUCCCCUUGUGUGUUCACC